UGCAAAGACCGCAUUGAUUACUUUAAGUUCAAACAAACAACAUGUUCAAAAUGCCCACCACUAGUGUCCUGACGAUAGUUAUCCUUAUAGCUGUUCUCGCUUUAUAUCACACACAUGGUAAGCAUACAUUGUCGGCAGCAGAAUGCAGACAGCUGAAAAUCUUCGACCAAGGUGAAAUAUAUUCAAAAGAGCAAACUGACUGCAGUAAUACAAAGACUAAAGAAUGGGCUCAAAAUAUAUUGGACUACUUUGAACGUAAUAAAAACAAAACAGACAAGCGCUGGAAAAUUGAACAACAUAAAGAAGAAGAACAGGCAAUGUACAUCAUAGAUUGUAUACUCCAUUCGAACAGUUUGUCCUUCAACAUAUGCGACAAAAUAUAAUGUAUUAAGAGACAGACAAAAAUACAUUGGCUAUUAGAAAUCAUUGGCGUAUGUGUGUACAAUAGGCCUAUUUAAAUAGUACUUCUUUUUAUUAAACCACUUUUAUUCAAUAAAAGGCAUACUGUGCAAAGUACAAACAUUCCAAUAAUAUAAAGAAGAAAAUUUAAAUAAAUUCUUGGGCUCAUGCUUACUUUAGGCAAGUGCCAGUCAAGCUUAGGGGCAUGGCAAGGCACUGAUAAAUACAAUAAAAAACAAUAUUAAAAUGUAACAAAAACAUCCAUUUAAAAAAAUGUUGACACGUACAGGCAAUAUGUAAUUGUAUAGCAUCGACCAUAAGUGCUCAAACCUGUAAUGAAAGUGAAAAAACUUUCUAAAUAAGUAAAUGUACUUAUAACACUGGAUGUCGUAGUUUAGAUGUGGUACUAUAAGAGAAUUAUACAAUGUCACCAUUACACUUUUAGGGAUGUUUUUAACUUUACUAAGAAUGCCUAUUGAUUCAUAGAUUUUAUUGGAAAUGUAAUAACAUUAAAAUUUUGUAAAAUUCUUGGUUUAUGCUUCAUUUUUUGUAUCUUGUAUUUGUAUAUGAUUUUGUCUUUCUGUGAUUUUGCGUGUUAUUAUUUUUAUACUGUUAUUUUCCAAUGUCAAUGACAACACGGCCUUGUAGAAUAACACCCUCCGGCUGAGACAAGCCUUCCGUGUAAAAAUAAAGUUUUAAUAAUAAAUAAUAAUGGCUAAUUCCAGUUUAGAUGUUGAUUUAGAAUUAUAUCAAGAAAGUUAAAGUCUUUGGUCUGCUGUAUUUUAAUCCCAUCUAUUUCUGUUUAAAAUGUUUAGAUUCAGAUGGCGUUGGGUACAGUAGCAUGGAAAAUCAUGAAUUUAGAUUUAUUUAUGUUUGAGGGUAAUUUAUUUAAUUUGAGCCAUUCACUAAUUUUCAUCAGUUCAAUGUUUAUAAUAUCAUUGCUAUUUAAAAUAAUACGAUUUCUCAGUGUAGUUGAAAGUGUAGUGUCGUCGGCAUAGAUUAUGGUUUUAAAUACAUUACUAGCUUCGGAUAUGUCAUUUACAUAUAUGAUAAAAAGAAGUGGGCCAAGUAUCGACCCCUGAAUAACACCAGUCGUCACCUAAAGUAUAUAAGAUUUAGUUCCACUUACAUCCACAUAUUGUGAGUGAUUUGUUAAAUAACUUUUAAGAAGGUCUAAUGAGCGUAUCUGUAAGCCACAAUAAUUUAGUUUUUGUAGCAGAAUAUUGUGAUUUAGGGUAUCAAAAACUUUUGACAAAUCUAGAUAUAUAUUUAUUGGAAUUUCACUUUCAUCAAUAUAUUGAAUCAUCCUAUCUACUAACUCAAGUGCAGAUAAUUGAGUUGAAUGGUUUUUACGGAAGCCAUAUUGACUGCUAUAAAAUAAUUUGUUUGAUUGGAAAUGAGUAUAAAGCUGGUUAUAAAUAACUUUUUCAAAAACUUUAGAUAUUGCAGGUAAAACCGAAAUUGGACAAUAAAUUGUAAAGAGUUUGUCAUUUUCUUUUUGGAAAAGUGGUGUUACUUUGGCUAAUUUAAGCUUUUCUGAAAAAAUUCCAGUGUUUAACAUUUGAUUUACAGUAGAACCUCGUUUUUACGUACAUCAGUUAUACAAACCCUCGGUCUUACGUACGCCUCGUAUGGACGAUGACGUCAUCAAAAACCCCGAAAAUAUUCAAA